UCGUUUUGUGGUCCGUUUCUAGACAUUUUUGUGCAACUAUUGUUUAUUUUCUUCAAUUUGUAUGAAAAAUUAAGUUACGGAAUUAUCGCCAGAAGAAAUUUUGUUAAGCGCAGUUUGCUAGCCCUGUGGAAGUUGAUGGAAUAAAACGAGUUAAUAGCAACCCAAAAGACAAAGGACGCGCCGUAGAGACGCAUAGGCCAAUCAAUAAGCGAUUGUACUUUGUAUCAGUAGAUUUAUACAGCACUGAUUAACGAGCUGCAUAAAUGAACGACAGUCCAUUGGAAUUUUCUCAAAAGCUCCCUAGAGAUGACAGAGGUGAUAGUAGUCAUAGUCCACAUGAGAAGCGGUCCAAAAAUACAAAAAGUCGGGACCGCAGGGACACCGAGAAGUCCCACGAUUCAGACUCGAACAUGUCCAGUUGUCAAGAGGUAUUGCCAGUUCAAAAUGGAAACAUUGCUCACCCCAGUAUGUAUAUGUUAGGUAUGGACGGAGUUAUGAUGAACAUGUUUAUGAAUCCCAGCUUGAUGUCUUUAAACAACUACAUGGUGCCUCAGAUUUUGACUCCAGAUCCUAACCUAAUCACUCAGGAUCCAUCAAUGAUGCUCAAUCCUGUCAAGGAGAUAAUCCACUGCAAAUCUUGCACUUUGUUUCCGCCAAAUCCAAACGCUCCAUUGCCAGCGACGCGCGAACGACCGCCGGGCUGUAGAACUGUUUUUGUUGGGGGACUGCCAGAGAACAUGACGGAGCAGAUAAUUGGGGAGAUAUUCGAGAGAUGUGGAGAGAUAACAACAUUACGGCUUAGCAAGAAGAAUUUCUGUCACAUUAGGUUCCUCUAUGAGGCGUCAGUGGAUGCGGCAAUAUUUCUUUCAGGUUACAGGGUGCGCAUUGGGUCUAACGCGGAUACAGCGAACACCGGAAAGUUGCACGUUGACUAUGCUCAGGCGCGAGAUGACCAAUAUGAGUGGGAGUGCAGGCAGCGGCAGCUGCAGAGGGAACAGCGUCACAGGGAGAGAAUGGAAGAGGAGCGACUGCGUCCCCCAUCCCCACCCCCCGUUAUCCAUUAUACCGACCACGAGGCGGCCAAUGUUUCAGAGAAAAUAAAACAAGAUGAGACUUUCGCAAAGGCCGUACAGGUGGUGAUCACUUGGCUCGAGAGGGGUGACUGCAACAAGCGCAACGCCAACAACUUCUACUCAAUGAUCCAGUCGACGAACUCUCACGUCAGAAGGUUGUUAGGUGAGAAGAGUCAGUACGAGGAGGAGCUGCGUAAGGCCAAGGACCUGCUGCGAGGUCGGAUGCAGGGAAUCCUGUUGCAGUUCAGUCAAAUUGAGAGACUAUUCGUGGCGGCCUGUCACAAGAAAGUCUGGGACCAUUUCACGAAAGCGCAGCGAAAGAACAUUGAGGCUUGGAAAAGGCAAUCGUUGGAAAUCAAAAAUAUCCAAAUGGAGGAGCGGCCCGAGAAGGAGAGGGACGACGACGAAAUGGAUGUGUCCGACGACGACGAACCGGUACGGAAGAAGCAACGCAUUGACGCGUGUUCCGAGGAAAACAACAGUUUGAAAGAGCAGAACGAGAGCUUGAAGUGUCAGGUGGAGGCUUACCAGAAUGAGGUGGAAGUGCUCAAGAUGGAAUACGGGAGAGGCGUGGAAGACAAGGAACGUCAGCUGAAGAUGUUGCAACAAACGCUGCAAGGUAUGCAGCAGCAACUGAUGGAGACGAAGAAGAGACAGGCAGAAGAAGAGGCGAAGGUAAGGGAGCUGCAAGCGAAGCUGAAAUCUGAUCUCAAGCCGGACGUCAUCACAUUGGACGAUGACGACGGUGACCAUUCUGACUCUAUAAGUAUCUCGGAGGGUUCAGUGGUGAGCAGAUGCGACGCUAAACUGAUCGGCAUCAUAUCGGCGUUCCUAAACGUGCAUCCCUUCGGUGCCGGAUUAGAUUACAUAUGGUCGUACGUGAGCAAAAUCGAGUCAAACUUGCGUCCGGCCGACAUAGAAUCGCUCAUGAACCGGUUCCCGGCCGUGUUCAAGCAAGAACUGGUCGGGAUCGGAGCGAACAUCGAGAGGAAAUGGCUUUUCAAUGCUUUUAAUAGCGGCUCGCGGUCCAGCAGUUCCGGAGUUUAGUGCUUGUGUAUUUUUAGGUUUUUUUUUUUUCAUUAAACAAUAAAAUGCCAUAGUCGCACGGGAAGCUUUUCAAUAAUCUUUUGCGCUGAUUUGGUUUUGGUCGGCGCCGCUUCGUACCUUUCGCCGGGGAUUUUUGUAUUUUUUUAGAUAG